UCUAUAAACGUUGCUGCGGUUCCUCUUGAAGAAGUCUCGGGUAUAUAAAGGCAUUUUGUUGCUCACAAUUUCAUCACAGUCUUUUCUCCGACUCUUUCUCAGCACCAACAACUUCUUCUUCUUCGCCAUGAACGUCUACUCCUUGGCUGGAUUGGUCCUCGUGGGACUUUUAUUGCUGGCCAGUACGUCGGCGGAUGAAAUUAAACCUUAUGGUCCUUACGACAAGUUGGAAGGGUAUUUCCAGUACGCCAAUGUCCCAGCGGAGGAUGAGUACGAAUUCGGUUUCAAUCGCGGCAAUGCCGACCACCACAUUUCUCGACAUGAGCAGUACAAAAGCGGCAACUUCCGCACCAAGGUGAAAUGGGCUGAUACUUAUGAAGGACAUGGUGAACAUGCCUGGGAUUACAACCAUGGCCAAAAUUAUAAAGGUGAUUACAAGCCCGAUUAUAAGCCCGAUUAUGAGCCAGACUACAAACCUGACUACAAACCUGACUACAAACCUGACUACAAACCAGACUACAAACCAGAUUACAAGCCCGAUUACAAGCCCGAUUACAAGCCGGAAUAUAAACCACAAUAUCAAUCUGACUACAAACCGCAGUAUCAACCAGAGUACAAGCCCGACUACAAGCCGGAGUACAAGCCGGAGUACAAGCCGGAGUACAAGCCGGAGUACAAGCCGGAGUACAAACCGGAGUACAAACCGGAGUACAAACCGGAGUACAAACCGGAGUACAAGCCGGAAUACAAACCGGAACCCGACUACAAGCCUGACUACAAGCCCGACUACAAGCCGGAAUACGAACCAGAGUACAAGCCGGAGUACAAGCCCAGCUACGAAACAUCUUACCCGCAGACUGCUUACAAGGCUCCGACGAGCUACGACGUCCCCGUUUACAAGCCUGCCGUCUACAAGUCGUCGGCGUACGACCGUCUCUACAGAAGCUCUUCCAGACCUUAAAUUAAUUCCGUUUUUCUUUUUAGAUCAAAAUGUGUUGAAUAGAUCGCCCCAAAAUUCCCUCCUUUUAUUUUAUUGUCCGUAUCGCUAGUUGCUGUAUAGAAUUGCCCGAAAUAAAAACCCAUUUAGUUUUGCCGCAGUGCGACUAAAAGCUAAAAACAA